AUGCUUUACUCCUAUUCGAUGACGACAGCGACCCGAUUUAACAAUGAACCAGACGGCACCCGCUUAGGUAACUAUCCCUCCGAUGUUUCCUUCCUAAGUGAGCCACCCAACCCUCGUUUAGAGGGGAAUCAAUGUCCUCUACAUUCGGUGGAACUGGAUUACACUGCGAGAUUUCGGGAAUUCUGGAUCUGAGCAAUACAUCAGAGAUUUAUUGCGUCUCUAGUUUGAUGUUAUGCAGUCUAUCUGAUGUGUCCGUUAGGACAGUGGCCUUUAGAGGCAAAACAAGCAAGACGCGGUCUACAUGAGAAGGCCCUAGUAGUCCAGGGUGAGUGGAGUAGCUACAAGUGUUGUUGUGUUCGAAGAGGAUGGUUGGGUUUAGGCAGGCUGGACAAUGGCAGCAUAUUCACAUUCCAAGCUGAUAGCCAACUAUGCGAAAGCCUAAUUAACAAACAUUUCGCGAAUUCCAGCCGUCGUAGAGGAUUUGACGAGUAGGACGACGACUACAACAACGACCAAACGAGCACCAAUACCGACGACGACGGCAACCACUAGACGAUCAGCAGUUACGACAACUACGACGACCAGACGACCACAUACCGGCAGAAGAAAAUCAGUACCACCCGUUGGUAAGUUAUUGUUACAUUUUUAUCUCCACACCAGAAUAAACUCUUUAACUCAACCCUCAGAUCUUUUAUAAUCAUCUAAAUGUGUUAACACACAUGUAGAUUAUAAUUCUGAGGCACGAACUGAUAAGAAAGGCCUUGUGUAGAUUUCACCACUCAACGUAUUCGUUCACUGAAGCGGCAGAUAUGAAACAGCUUACCCAUUUAUUUCACCAUUGUUUUCUGAACGUAGGUCACGUGGCUCAUCGUGUUGGGUAAACAUGCGUCGUAUGUAUAUUGUCUAGGAACUGAGACGAACUGCGAUUUUGCAUUACUUUUCGGGCGGCAAGUUAGGCGCAUAACGGUUAACGCGGCAGUAGUUCGCAAAGCGAUUAUGAGGGAAAAAUAUUUUGAUCUCCAUGAGCGUUACUGAGACUAACUUUGCCCGUUUUGGUUCAAGGUUAAGGUUUCGACAACGGUUAAAAUUGGCGUUUAUCGGGUUAUUAUUGGGAAUUGGGUUGCCAAGUUAAGGCCAUAGUUAAGAUUUAGGGUUGUCUUGGUUACGGUUUUUGGUUCUUGGGUUAAGCUUUCGGUUACGACCGAAUUAUGCUUAAAUGUCUAUGAGACAGAAAUUUCCCACUGCAGGCAUAACCAUAGUUGGGAUUAGGUUAGUAGCAAACUGCAGUCCACCCCAGCGGGUUAGCUGCCACAACCUUGUGGGACUCUUCUUGUGGGCUGGCAUAACGACCCACACUAGGAAUUUCAUAUGUUUCCGUUUCUACGCCGCACUCCAUGAGACCCAGACGCCCUACUCCCUGACGCAAACAAGUCCCUUCUUCCACGUGAGUGUUGAUAGGGCAGUUUCAGACUGUUUCUCCCCAUCAAACCCGCACACUUCCAACAAACUCCUGCCCACUUUGCAGAUUACGGUGCAUUGAGAGCUGGCUUCUGCAUGCCUGUUCAUGCAGCAGAAUAUGUCUCGCGAGUUCAGAUGAAAGCGCUCACGCCUGGAUAGCCUCUGAUGUCCUACAGGAUCGCACUCAUUUAUCCUCCCUUUCCAAAGUCUUUGCACACUCGUCCUAACGGUCUUCUGUGAGCCGGCAUCUGUACGUACAUUUCACGCGCUGUGUGCACACCUCGCCUGUUAAAUUCCUUCCUGCUGGGCGGCUGGGAGGAGAAUAUCCCAGAGCGUGGAAGAUUUGCUAAGACGUUGUAAGCGGAAUCACCUCAUUCACUCGCGUGCACAUAACCUGAAACUGGUUGGACGACGUAGGCCGAUAAUGCAAAAUGCCUACGGGGAUGAAAGUAUAGGUCGAGUGGGCCAUUUAGAUUUAACCCGUCGGGGUAAGAGCUGCCCAACGCACCCUUAAGCAUUUGCGUCAUCCGAUGAACGGAUAAGCAACCAUAGCGUAAACACACGGAAAGAAGUCGAUGUGCGAUACUUUCGAUGGGGUAUCACUUUGCGACAAUGUCCAAUGCAGCAAAGGUUUCACAGCUUAUAUGAAAUGAAAGUGCUUCGCCAUUCCCUUCGGUGAUGCGAAAAGAAGAAAUUAGCCCAGAUGCAUUAAUUCACCUUUUUGGCUCAGUAUAGGAGACCGUGAACAUCUCAAGGGGUGCAUUAACUUCGACAGACGCACUUUUCGAUGCCGGUGAUUUUCAGUGUGAUUUACGCGUCCUCCAAUGCUCUGUUCCUGAGAUGAUGGGUAUUAUCUAGAUACGUGCAUCCUUUCUGCAGUCAGGCUUUCAAGCAGGGACUAUGCGCAUACAUAUUUGCGAUGUGAUGAGGGAAGUAGUAAUUCAGCUCAGUCGGAUCAUAUGAAUUUGAAGGAAAAUGAAAAGUCAUGAGGUUUACUCAUGAGGUUAGGCUCACGCAAGCUGAAACAACUAGCCUCAUUCUUUCGACAUUUUUACCCAUGACCGCAAUUCCUACACAAACAACAACAUGCGAAAUGUACAUUUGGGCAAAUUUAUAACUGAAACAACAAAAUGAACGUUAACAUCAGGGGUAUUUUUAAGUGGCAACAAUUUUAAGAAUUUAAAUCUACUUAAUAGGACUUCGAAACAGUUGCGGAUAGCUUUAGGAAUCCAAAAUAGCUGAACGCUCAUGAUCUUGAAUUAUUUAUAAUGUAAACAUGACUACAAGUACUGAAAAAUGUGCGCAUUAGUUAUCAUUCUUAUCUCAAGCCCCACCACCGGUAAAGUAACAACUCAAUCUAUUUGCACAACUAGCGCGAGUAUCAAAAUAUCACUACCGCUUUGCUGACGAAUGUUAAAUGUGAUAUUUAUGAAGUGAAGUAAUGCAAUUACAGUACUCCCAUAUUUCUUUAUUUGGGCCUUUAACGUGACAGCACAUGGAUGCAUAUUACGAACAUGCAUAGAUGUGUAGGGAGGAGAUGCAAACGAUUAUUCGAAUAUAAAAAAAUGCCAUGUUUAUAAGCCUUCAAACCAUGCAGUCUAUGGCACCCAGGAACACCUAACAACUUUGUGUCUUGAUAUAUUUCCCUUUUAGAUUACAACUACUAUUGUAAGUAAAACUUAUUUUGAAAUUUAUGCCCUAUUAAAUGUUGUUCAAUACUCAACUUGAUAAACACUAGACAAAGAUACACGUGAAGCGUCAUCAGGAAUAAAAGUCAAUGCUCAUUGCCGAAAAGGAUUGCCUAUUUGGUGUUGCAAUAGUGAUGGACAGGCAGUGUAAUAUCACGCUGUUUUGCACAAGAACAAGGGCUGCUUUAUCAACACGAAACCACAACUCAGAUAGUUAUGUUGUUUCACAAAUCGCACUUUGACAACUGCUAGCCGUCACCGGCGCCUAUCACACAAAUCUCCGGCGAAAUUUACUGCUCAGAUCGUUCCCCGCACGUCCACAUGAGACUGCCACUUUGCUUGGGUGAAUGUCAAUAGUUAGGUUUCUACAGUGUUCUAAUGUGUGGAAUCAGUAGCCAUCCGUGCCGAAUCUUAUGUCACAGAUGCACCUGCAGCAGACAAGCGCCAGAAGCUUUUCAUACGCGAUUGAUGGUAAUAAGGCAUUUUACACUAGCCCUUAAUCUUUACCCCUAAACCUAACCGGCAGCCCUAACUCUAACACAUAAAACUAAUCCCUAGCCAUAACCACGACCCCUAAUCCCGAUCAGUAGCCCUAAUCCUUAAACCGAACCCCUUAAAUCUAGUCCCUAACAGUAACCCCUAACCAUAAUCCUUACCCCAAAUCCUAACAGAUGUGGCUAAGAAAGAAGAUUUUACCGCCAUCCGUUUUACCUGCAUACGAAGGUGGUACUUUCAAAUUCCUUAUACAUGGUUAAUAAGGCUUUGUGAACUCGCCUAUAAGUCUUCUCAUUGACUUUUUCUUUCAGAUGACGAUUCUGAUAGUAAGUACAUACUCACAGACCUAAUUUCUUAUAAACGUAUAUAUAUACCGAAAGUGCCUGUUGUUACUACAAGGCUGCGAUAUGCGCAAUUCUUUUAUUAGACUGUUUCGUCAACACUUGACAACCAAACGCAUGAAAUGUUGGCCGAAAUUCUUAAAUGUGCAUUAGUUGGGAGAACUUAUUGAUGAGGCUGUGACGUACUGAUGGGCAUUCCACGCAAGCUCAAUUGAUUUCGCAUAAGACAAAUUGCCUGCAAGAGGGAGAGCCACUUCACAGUCCCUUAAAAGGUAACAAUCACGAAAUAUGAACAUUCAAGUAGCGCGUGUUUGGUCAUCUCCUUGUGACUUCAUUAAACAGUCGAUUCUCAUGUGCGGAGGGAAGGCACAUUCAUUUUAAAACUCAUUUUGCAGUUGUCUUCGUAUUAUUCGCAUGUUAUGCGCGUUUGCACCCAGCGGUCUGAGGGCUAUUUCCGGUAUUGCAGAAGCAUGCUCUUCCUUAUCAACUUCCGCCAAUUAGGCGUUAUUUUCUCAGCAUGCCGUUCAUAUACUUCUUUGAUUAUUCUUUCUCGACGGGCACAGUUAAGAGGAAUAUUUUCUGGUUCUUGAGCCAGUGUUUUAUCUCAAAGUCGCAUGUGCGUCCCGCACAUACCGCAGGUGUGCUAACUUAAAAAAAGAUUAAGCGAAAUUCAAAAAUGUGUUUUCGUUUGGGAAAGACUACUUAGGUUGGGUUGUAAAAUUAAUCACCGCGCAUUAUAAUUCUAUGAUAAUUCAGGUACCAUGGGAUGCCAACUUUCGACCGAACUAUUUUCCGGCCGUAUGCAAAAAGCGAACUAUGUAGAAAAUGACUAAUUACGUGGCAUGAAUUCUUCUCAUUGCUUUUUGAUGCCAUUUAAGACUCAAUUAUAUUCCAUGGAAAAAAUAAAUACACUUUCGUUAGAAAAUUUCAAUUUUGUACUCAAAAGAAGGUUAUAAUUUGCUGUUUUAAAACCUUUCGAGUUCUCGUGUAGUUCUGAACAUGACCUGCCGUUACACCUGCCUUUAGGGUUUCCAGACUACAAACCGUAUAUUUUCGGCGUACUAAAGGCCAUAUAUUUGUCUACGACAUUAAGACGGGACCAUAUGGCGUUCGUAAAAUAUAACAGUGGAUUAUAGCUUUAUUGUACUCUUUACAGGCCGCAUUAAUAAAUGUUGAGAAGUGAUGUUUUAUGACCAGGCACUUCAUAGUAUUAAAAAAAUCCCACAAUAAGAAAUUUUUUUAAAACUGGAUCACAUUCCAUCCUUGGUUAUAAAAUAAGAAGUUAUAAUUUUCUACCAAACGAGUGGGAAUCAAAUAGUUUAAUGUAUGUUUUCCAUGAAAUAUAACUGAACUUUUAAGAGCAUCGAAAGACAAUGAUAAAAAUCCAUGCAACAUAAGUAGUCACUUUUUACAGAGUGUGCUUUUGCAUGCAACCUAAAAACGUUCCGUCGAAUGAUGGCAUCCUAAGAUAACUGCAUAAUUAUGCCGCAUGGUGAUGGAUUUGUCGAACAUACCUAGGUAGUAUUUCGAACCGAAAACGCAUUUCAGAAGUUCGGCUAAUAUUUCAUGAGUUAGCAUUUCUACCCUGCAUUGUGUCCGCCAUUCGUCCGCCAGGAAAUUACUUUCCUAUCUGUAGGCAUUCACUCAAAAGGCAAUUGCUCACACAUCGCAAAUCCUGCGAUGCAUUUGUAACGACCCACAUGGUAGGAGAGCUGGGCUAACGAGAGUGCACUUAUAGCUUGCCAAUACCAUUGACUUACUGUGCCAUGCCUAUGUGCGCUCGUACCUCUUAAAUUGUAUAUCCAUCCUAAACAUAUUUAAGAGUAUGCGCCCUCUUGAGCGACAAAACAAUCUCUAUUGGUUAACGGACAUCCCACACAUGCAUGUGUCCGAUAAAAUGGACGAUGGAAGGAGACAUAAAACGGGUUAACCAUAAUCUGUCACUGAACACGUUUCAUCACACUACAAUAUUCAAACGGUCAGUAAUAUCCUCGUAUUACUGGCAACAAAACCAGGCUAGGAAGGUGUUUGCGUAAUUUUGACUUGAAUAUCAGUAACUUAGGCGAUGACCAAAUUUUAGGCAGAAGAAUAUUCCAAAGGAAGGCAUAUUUGGAAGCAAAGGAGAGGGAGCACCUAGAUGUAGUGCAAAGAGGCGGUGGCGAAAUCACCAUGGAGGAGUUGCGCGUGGCAUAAGACCGAUCUCUCGGAGUGAGAGUGCCAAUGACCGCAAGAUGGCAGCUAGAAGACGAGAUGCGAUCACUGGAACAAGAAAUGUAUUAGCCCGACAAUAUUGGCAAUAAAUUUCUUAAGCUAGUGAUCGCACCUCGUCUUCUGAACUUCUACCUGGAACUCGCCUGUUUGCUUCUAUCACCAAUCUUUUUGGACGCGAAGUGCUCCGAUCGGCUCGACGGUGGGAAACCUUUGCCCUUCUAGAGUCGUCUACGAAUGCGCAAAUUCGAUUUCUUCACAGAUGUCUCGACAACAAUGUGCUGCCGAAGUGUGUUUCAUACAAACCUCCGGUCAACACAGAGCUGGCGAGACGCGCAGUACUUCAGCACGGCCGACGAACUGGAGCUAGAGUUGAUGCGAAAAAGGGAGCAAAGACCAGCUUCGAGUCCUCUAACCCACAAAAACUUAAUGUUCGCCAGCUGACAUCUCUGGGUAUAGAGAGUAACGUGUGCGAAUUGAGAAAACAGUUUCCGCGUGACAACCCUCUGAACCUUUUCGACCUUAUAGCGGUCACAGGCAUCGAUUAAAUCAAGGAAGGGAGAGCAGUAUUCGAGGACUGGAAGAACAAACAUUUGAUAAAGUCUUAGCUUCACUUCCGGAAGGAAAAAUUAUGCGAUACGAAUCAACAUAUCUGCGCAGCUUCAGCAGAGAUUCUAUCUGCAUGACGUGAUAAACCAAGUGUAUUCGUAUAACUUAGACCUUGGUCCUUUAUAGUGAAGCAUUCUGAGAGUGGGUUAUUCUGAAAAAUUAUGGGGUAAGGAAGUUUGACAGGACCAAAACGACAUGAAGCGACACUUGGAUGAUGAGAAAUUCAUCUGCCAUGUUGAAUCCCAUCUGCUUAAAACUCGUCAAUCGGCAUGAAUUUUUUCAACACAAAUGUUUGCGGUGUCCUUAAAAUAUGAGUAAACGCACUUAAGACCAUCGGCAUAAACAAAAGUUUGCGAGUAUCCGAGUUCAGUCGAUGUUACACUGCCUUAUGAUGUGUUCGUUGGCAAAGCGUAAUCCAGAAGCAAACAUUCCAAAGACGGUCUAGAUGUGAAGACAUUAGUAGUGCAGGGGAAGUAGCGUAGCAGCUGGUGUUUCUGUGCUUGAGGACGGUGAGUGUAGGCAGGCUGGAAAAUGGCAACAUAUUCACAUUCCAGGCUAGCAGCCAAAUAUGUAAGGCCUAAUUAAAAAUCGAACAUUUUACGGCUUUUAGCUGUCGUACAGGAUUUGACGAGUACGACGACGGCGGCGGCGAACAGACGAGCAAUAACAACUACAGCAAAAGUGAACACCACUGGUAAGUUUUCAUUAUAUUUUUACGUCAGUGUUAUAGACUAAAAACGCAAACCCUUGUUAACAAUAUCACUGGUUUAAUGUUUUAAUGCUGCAUGGAUUUAUAGCUCAAGCUGGUAUUCCCGGACUAGUAUAAACCCGCCUGCGCAUGGAAUUUGGUCAUGCUAGUAGCAGACAUGAGACAGCUAUCCCGUUUACUUCAGAAUUGUUUUCUAGUUGGAUGUGGAGUUGCUUGGUGAAUUAACCAAAUGCACUUUCUGUUUGGAUUUCUUAUUAACUGCGACGAAAGUCCAUGUUGUUGUACGUUUCGAACCGUAAAUGCGGCUCUUCAUGAAGGCUAGGAAAAUUACCAGUACUUGGAAUUCCAUAUGUUUCUGUUUCUACGCAGCAGUACAUGUGGCCAAGACGACCUACCUCCUGCCGCUGGCAAGUAUCUCUCUCCACCUGAAGAUAAAUCUCCUCUGCGAGUAAACUGGGUGCAUUCAGGCACCUUAGAGCCAUCGAAUUAGUACACUUACAACUAACUAACGCCCAGUGUGCAUGUUCCGCUGCAUCGAAAGUUGGCUUCUGCAUGCUUUCUCAUGCGGCAUGAUAUGACUUGCGAGUUGAGAUGAAAGUGCUCACACCUGGACAGCGUGUGACGUCACAUUUGAUUUUUCCCUCCCAAAGUCCUUGCAUUCUCAUGCUAACGGUUUUAUGCGAACCGCAGUUGAGUGAUCGGAAUCUGUGCGGGCAUUUCACGCGUUGCUUUUAUGUGCUUGGCGAAUUUAUCGGUAUGUAGAAUUUCAUGUUUUCGUUACAAAGGCAGGGUAAAGGAUCCCAGUUAACUGCCUGUAGACUGUAAAUCGUGUGCUGAUGUGUGUGCUUCCGAAAUUUAUUUAACUACUGAAAACUGGCAUAUGUACACGUGAGCGGAGAAACAAAAAACGGAGAUCAGUUGAACGUGAGUUGAAGAAUAACGGAGAUGUCUGCCGUGGGAUAGUUCCAGUAGUUCGCUGACCAGACACUCUUUUUAAAUGGAACGCUAUGGAAUAUCCAGCCGGAUACCGUACAUACAUUCAUCAUUUCACUCCAGAGUAUCAUUUUGGCGCCGACUGUCUUCUUUGUUUACCUGCAUUCCGCUAUCUUACUGUCCGGAUCGCUGUCCCACCCGUGAAAUCCCGCAUUUCCAGCAAUCCUGUUUGACACGAUUCAACGUAUGCCGACAGCUAAUUAGGGUCCAUUAUCCUAUGGGUGUCGUUUUCCUUUUUAUGGGGCAGUCCAUGUGACCGAGAGAGUCUGGACGUUGAACUAAUAAUUUCUUUCCCUUUCUCUAGAAUAUGUACUUUCCUUAAGAUAAUUAGGCCUCCUCAUAUUUCUGGUUUGAAAGAAACUUCCACGCAUAUUUACCCAGCUAAUCACGCUUGGAGAGACCUUGUUUUAAUAUUUCGUCUUUAUAUUUUGUCGGUCAUCCGCCAACGAGAGGGGGGAGCAUCGCGUCAUUAACUGUGGACAUUCGCCAAAAGCGUGAGCGGCACUUAUGUCAAUAAAUUUUCCGGUAAAUUUACAAGUACUGGACCCUUCUGCUUACCACAUCCAUCUCAUCAUGUUGGACGAAUGAGCGUCCUACACGGAAAAAAGGAACUGAGAAGCACACUUCCCACUUACGUGAAAUGUGCCGCUGUUGUGAGAUUUUGGAAUGGUGUGUACACACGAUGCACAUGUUGGUUAAAUAAUGUCUGGAGAUGUAAUCCUGUAUGUGGUGAUUUUUCGCACGUUUUCGUUAAGGCGCAUAUUAUCUAGAAGGUCUAUGCGAUUUUGAAAGUGCGUGGACACCAUGGUCACUUGAAUUGAAUGAGGUACAUGUAUAUUACCGCUAUCGGCACCGAAUCGCUAACUUCUGUGCGAAUAAUUCACAAAUGCCUUACCAGACCGAUGCGCGAUCUACAUCUGCGGCAAGGUGAAGGCAAGUUACAUUUGGGUGGCGAAGCUGUGUUUAUGCUGGUGUGUGGGAGUUGCAAGUGAUCGAUAUGGCGGCGCUGGCGGAUGUGCAGAGUGUGCUUGUAGUGUCGAUAUUGUAGUGAACUCCGCUUUUGUGGAAGCGCAUAUGACCGUAUAGGUCCAUUCGAGUGCAUAUGCGCCUACUAUGCGGGCAGUGCAGGCAGGUGUGUAUCGAGACUCGGGUCACUGGUAGACGGGUACUUGGACACUGAAUUCUCAAGUGACCGAUCAGGCCGAUGUAUGAGGUGAAUGUGCGACUACAAUGUGGGUAGGCUGGAAUUGAGUUCGUAUUGCUGGUGAUAGGAUCCGUGGUAUUGAAGGUAGUAGUUGACGGGACGUCCGGUGUCGUCUCAUUGGCUGAGCUGGUAAGAAAAUUACUGGUAUCAGUGGGUCUGCCGGAUCUGGUCACCAUAAUCGACGCGAGGAUUUGAAUGGGAAGGAUGGCGCCGCUGUUUGAGAACGACAGACCAUCUGCUGUGUGAUCAUUAGCACUUUGUUUCGGUUCUCGCCGUGGAAUUUGAGACAGUAGUAACAUUAGUUUUGUUCGGGAAAGUAGACUUUGGGGGUUGCCCGGUUGUUUUUGCACUGCGCCCGAAGGUUUCCUACCAAGCCGAUUCGCGUGUACAAUGUGCGUUGCCAGAAAGGGUGUUGGGGGAGCAGUUGGCUGUUGGCGUUGCGUACCCGAGGAUUUUGUGAAUUUCGAACUGCUUUUUUGGUUUUGACAGCAGCGGUCCGAUUUAAUUCGUAGAUUACUGCGCAAGUCUUCCCUGUUUUCCAAGCCGGUCUGUCUUGCGCGAGGUCCUCUCAUAUCUCAAGGUCGCCAUGCGGUCGCCGCAGACAAUUCCCAGAGUUCCCAUCAUUAGCACUUCGAGUAUGGAUGCCAGGCAUGCUCUAGCAACAUGUGGACUUUAGAAUACACUGAAGAGUUUUACCCUAUAUAUCUGUCCGUCGAUUAGCUGAACGUCAUAUCAUGUUGUUUUUGACCAUUCAACUAGACUUACAAUCCCUUUUGUAUUUAAGAUUCCUCAGGAGACAACACGGGCGUAGCGACUUCAAAGAGUAAGUUAACAUUCGUAGUUUAUUGAACAAGUGACAAAUGCUCCCUCAAGUUGAUGACUGAUGGCACAAACAGGAGCAUUAAAUAAGAACUCUGACAAGGAUUUCUCCGCUUUUGUGCCUGCGUGUCGUCACCGUGUGUGUUGUGGCUCAUCGAUCAUUCGACGCGCUCAGACAUAUGAUUCAUGCAAAUACAUUGUUGGAGACAUACAACCACCUGUCUUGGAAGAGAGUCGCAGUUAAGACCCCCUGUGCGUCUCAUGAGGACGACAUUUAUUAAGGCAUUAAAGCGUACAAUAUGUAUAUGUGAUUUUGCAUUAGAAUUAUGCUACAGUCGCCGACGAAAGAGUGAUGUAAACCAAAUCGGUUAUCUUUUCGCUUGAAAAUUUGGCAUUAUGCUCAACGCUAUCGUUGGAAAUUCAACUAUUCAAUUCACUUCAGAUGCAGCUAUAUGUUGUCAAUGUUUCUUGCAUUCUUACAAAAUCGACGAUUACCGUGAAUAUGAAGCCAAUAACUAGCCUCUGUGCUUUAACUCCAGACUUGAGAUAAUAGUUUUGUGGAAGCUCAUAGUUCGGGCUUUUAAAAUUUGUUCUCAUGGGUGUCGCGACUAUUGGAGCAGACGGAAAUCCAUAAUAAUUAGAUGAAGUUCUUUCGUCGAAAAAUGCAAAGUCUUACCAUUCAAAUUAACGCUUACGUUAUUUCGGUCCCUUUAGGUCCGAUGGUAUUCACAGUGGGUAAGCAACACUUUGUGUGAUUGACGUGUCAAAAUGUCCAAAAGCGUGCGUUAUGUCAGUAUCAGCAAACCAUGGCACUCGUAGCCGAAAAUGCGCUGACAGGUUCCUGAUAUCCCGUUCCCUGUCCGCAGAUGCGCUUGCGAUCCCGAUGGGUAUACAAGUGAUGGGCGUGUCUGUCCAAUCAUCAUCGUUCUUCUGACCACUGCUGGAGUGGUGUUGUUGGUCAAAUACCUGGUCAUUUGCUGUGUGGACCAGGGGUGUGGAGUGGUUCUGCCAAGGUGCCACUCGACCGUGCCAUCCGCAUGUGCCCUCCCCACCUCCGGUUCUUCUGACUCUGUCUUGACACCGGGUCCAGGUUUGGAGUGCGCAAAAGAGAGUGCUGUAGAUGUUGCGCAAGUCUACUAUCACUCUAAAUUAGUUCACGCACAAGUCGUCGUGUUUGUUACACCCUAGUGUGUAGCAUGCGGUGGACACCGUUAGCAACGACGAUAGAACUGUGGUGUGAGCGAAGUCCCUGCCAACAUAUGGCCCCUUCAUAUGGGGGGGAGGCUGGGAUGGUGCCAGAACCCCUCUGGAUUGAAGCGUUUUCAAGUUUUUUUUGCAUCGAACUUUAUGUUUCAAAAGCACCACUCAUUGUACCUCCUUUGGUAUUAAAAGGAGCUAAUUUGUAAAAAGUGGUUUAUAAAUCAUGGACAAGCACUCGUUUACGCGCACAGGUCGCAGAUAAUAUUUUGCGUCAGCCAAUGCUGUUUUCAUGCUCUUGAUAACUGUCAUAGUUAAUUUAUGUAUCCUGUGUUACUUAUUUUGGUAUUGACUCAUCAACCAGUUCAAGUAGUCGACUUCUAUGUCUAUGUAUGUACUAUUUGGCAUUGAUUUUCAUAGUCCACUUAUGCAAAUUGUUUAUCGUUUUUACCAAAUAUCCAAAGCAAUUAUGCAGCAUAAUUACUGUGGCUAUCACCGAAUCACCAUAUGCAGGCAAAUUAAGCGGCAGAUGAAGGCAUCUUAUGAGGCUACGGAAAGGCCCGAGUCUGAGGUUCCCUCAACGUCAACAUCAGUUGGCAAUCAAUCCCCCGAACGAGAAAUGCCUGUUCUGAGCUCUGAAACUUCUGCCGGCAGGUAUGAUGUGUGUGCGCCUCAGGGGACUCAUCAUACAAGUCGAUAUUUUAAAGGAGUGCCAAAAUUGGGCGGAAAUCUGGCGUCCUCUGCGCAUUUUUUUCGCUGGUGGGGUCAGGCGGGACUGGUGCUGGUAGAAUUAAUUAUAGGUUGACCAGGCCCAACGGCUGGUUGGUCUCCCCACAAAAUGGCCAUUUGAUGCUAAUAAACUUGAUCUUCUGCUGUUCCCGCGUCCCUGUGAAUUUUAUUUCGCUGUUGGGCCCAGGCGGGGCUGUCCCGUAGAAUGCUCCGUCACAGCCUCUUCCGCAGCCCCGCCAAGCCCCUUUACAGCCCCCUCUAGCCCCGCCAUUUGGGGGGGGGGUUGCGGGGCUGGUGCUGGCAGGGGUAUGACCCUUGGUGGGCUUCAUUGGCACUUCCUUACAUAUACGCGAAACUUGACCUCUUAACCAUAUUCAAGGCGAUUGGUUAGAGUUGUUCCUGGAAGACUUUCCUUGCGUCAAUGCUAAUUGGAAUUAACGGCUAAGCUUACACUUCGCAACUAAACUCACCGACAGCCCCUUUCAUGUGGGUUCUCAAAAGUAGACAUUCCUUCUCUAAUGCAGGACUGUUAAUCUCUUUCAUCUUGUCUGAAAGGACCACAUUCAUUAUAGCAGAAUCUGUACCAUGCUCGCAACUUUCCUAAAACUUUCCUUUGUCUUAUUUGAUCUUGCGUUUUUUACCAAAUAUCUAUCCCAAUGUUUUAGCAUUGUCGUCAAUCGUUGCGUUCCGUCUCGUUGGAAUGCUUUGA